UCCUUCCUUCAGUUCUAUUGUGAAAAACAGAGCAGGAUAAUGGAAAGCCUGUAGAUGAUCCAGAACAGGAAAAGAAAGUAAGAGAAAGGAGAACUAAAUAGACUCCUAAGAAAGAGAAACAAGCAGAUCAGAACAAGUUAAGUCAAGUCAAGUAAUGAAGCCUUCCUGACAUGCCGUAUACUUGGUCUAUACAGAGGAGGAAAAACCUUCGAUGAAUCAUGACCAACACAAAAUUACAUUCUUAUCUUCUCAGUACCAUCAGUUGUCUCUGCCUUCUUCAGUCUGGUCUCUGUGAAGAGUGCAGCAAGGCUGUCCUGGCGAGACGUUUGACAGUUCAUGUAACUGCAGGGGACAGUUUGUCUUUGUCCUGCGUGGUCAAGCACUGUGGAGACACAUGGACGGGGGACUGGAUGUGGAGAAAUUCAACAGAAGAAAAUACUGAUUACAUGAUUAAGGAAAGUGUGAGGCAUGGCUUAAGCAGUGCGAUGCUCUCAGCCAAUGAAACACGACUAACUUUGUAUAUCGUCAGGGUCGACCAAUCAAAUGAAGGUUCAUAUGGAUGUAAAGUUAAAUGGGUCGAAGGUGAAACUGCUCAGGGGCAUUGGACUUAUGUGAACAUUACUGCAGCUCUCCCACUGCAGAGGAGUGUAUCGCACAGAGUUUUUGUCUGUGCUGGAGCGUCUUUUUGUCUUCCCAUCAUUCUGGGAUUGGCACGUUUUAUGAGUUCACAAGUCAAGCCUCAGCCAGUUCCAGCACAUGAUGACUUAUGCAGAAAUCAACCACACCCGACUCCGCACCCUCCAACACCAUGUCUGCCAACCCUGAAACAUAAACCAGUAAAUCAGAAAUGUAGCUCCUCCUCUCAGAGAGCACCCCCAAAGCCCCAGAGGAACACUGAGGUGGUGUAUGCAGAUAUUUCCCAGGAAGCACUGAGUCAACAUGGAGCCACCAGAGAGCCUGCCCAGUCAACUGUGUACUCAUCCCUCAAAUUUCAGACUGUUGUCAAAACAGAAUAGAGGUGCAAAGUUGUCAGCUGCAGAUCAGUUAUCUAUUCAUUUCAGCUUGAUUAUGAAUGUCUUAAUGUAACUUUUAAAAUAGAUUGAUGGGACCUGGGAGCUUCCCCCUUGCAGAGCUCCAACUUCAAGACAUUUGUCUGGAUUUCUUCUUCAGACUUCAGCCGAAUACCUUGCAGUCAUUUCAUUAUCUUAAGAGAAGAGUGCAAACUGAGGUAUAAACGUGCCUAUUGUAUUUUUUCUCUAUCAUGAGUGUGUGAUCUGAUUGUCCUUUUUUUUGACGAAGAAAAAAGUCUUAAAUCCUUCUUCAUGCAUCAAAUGUGACUAACAGCAUGUGGAGCAGCUGAACCACCCUGAAGGUGUUGCAAAAAAAAGGUUAUUUGAAAUUUAAAACAGGAUGACAAAUGAUAGACACAAAAUACAACAUUUUAUUUUAGAAUAAAUUCUCAAUGGCACAGGACAUAACAUAUACAAGAAAAAAUACAUAUACCUGUUUUGACAUCAUUUAAAUUAAUAUAUAUAUAUCCUUUAAUUAUUUCACUGUUUUAAUAAGUUCACUUCGCAAUUACAUUUUUACAUGACAUCAAUGCAAAAGAAUCAAAACAAAUUGAAUAAAUAAAGCAUAUGAACAGAGAAAACGCUGCAAGAAUUUCAGGCAAUACCUGCAACAAACCUAAUGAUAUCUGAAGAUCCUGCCUUUGUAUCAUAUCUGCAUGCUUCCCUUUCUGGAGGUGUAAGCACCAGUCUAUACUAACAGAGCACACAUAUGCUUACAGUCCAGUUCAUGUACUUCUCACCUCUCUGAACCGCUUGUUGAAGAUUUUAAAGAUGCCUGUAUUAUAAAGCAGAGUAUUUGUUGUUGAACUCACCCUUUAAACCCUCAGGGAUUUCACACUCUUGUUCACCCUACUCUUUCCAAUAGCUGUAAGAGUACAUCAGCAUUCUGACAAAAACCUACAGGCUUGGCUGUUUGGUCGCAUAGAAAACACAUUAAUGUGUCUUUAAGCUUUUUCUUGAGUAGCUUCUACUUUGUGCUGCUAGUUCUAGUUUGUGCAGCUGCAGUCUAAUGUUAUGGAAUAGUCGAGAACUGGAGCUAACCUAUUGUCCUGCUGUGCUUUUAUGCAAUUGGCUUUGCAACAUACAUUUAAAAAAGAGGGUUUUUUUUUCAAACCAAAGACUGUAAAUAAAAAAAAAACCGAUCAAAGUUCACAUUCAAAG